AAGCAUGUCAACAAAGUAUUUAUGAUUUACCUAACAAUAGAUUUAUUAAACUUGUUUUGUAACUUAAUGGUUUCUAAGAGUUAUAUAUAAUAACCACCAAAUGCAUUUUACUUGCUCAUACAAAUUUUUCAUACAAAGUUUACAUAACGCUGUAUUUAAAAAAGCUGUAACUGCUUAACCAAAAAAAAUUAAAACAAAAUGACUAAAAAACCUUUUCUUAUAAAUAUGUUUGUCUUUGCCUUUUUUUUGUUAAAUGUUUGGUAUCAUUAUGUGCUGCAUGAAAAUCUAAGCAACUUAAAACCAAAAGCAGAUUUUAAUAAUUGUUUUAUAAAAUUUUACGAGAGAGAAAGAUAUUUUGUAACUAAUAACGCACAGUUUUCAAGAGAAUGGUAUGGUAACCUUCAGCUAACAACAAAAGCGCAGGACGGAUUUCACCUUGUGACUUAUUUUGCACUGCUCUCAAACAGCUUUUACGUCAAUAAUUUACGUUAUAAAUUAAACGAUAAACCAACCAAAGUUCAAUUAGAUGAAAGACAACAAGAAAUUGAGGAUUGCUUGCAAAAUAAUUUGAAUAACAAUUUGAUAGUAAAUGUGCACGUUUUAAUUUACCAUGUUGAAAUAGCACAGUAUUUGUUAAAUUUACCAUUAAGCAAUUCAAGCAAACUUGUUUUGCAUCUUACGCGCAUGGAUCCAACGGUUCGAUCGUCUUUUGAUUAUGCUGAAAGGUACUUAUUUGAUAAAACAAUAAUUGUUAUGCACAUGGACAUUUAUCUCGGACCAGGGUGGUAUAACAUUAUUCAGCACCUUCAAAAAUCUAGUAUUAUGUAUGCAUUAACUCGCCACUCAAUUUCAAACAAUGAAUCUUGCGAUGCUACAAAUUACGGAACGUGCAACGUUGAUUCUUCCUAUAUUGGCUCCCACGAUGCUUUUGCGUUUCACAUGAAAAAAGAUUUCAGUAACGAUAUGCUUUACGACUUGGGACAAUUUAAAUCAAUAAAUGAAGGAAGCGAAAAUGUUUUAAUUUGGCAUUUUAUAAAUUCUAUGAACUACACUGUUUUAAAUCCGUGCCGCACAUUAGUUAUUUAUCAUAAACACUGUAUUCCAAUACGAACCAUUGAGCGAAAGCGUGUAGAUAGAAACUUAGGUAAAACAGGACGUGCCCCUUUCACUGAAAAGUUAUAUUAACUAUAUUUGCACACCAAUAAAACUGUAAUUCUUCUUAUCGACUUUAAUCACUGACUUUAUUAAAUUUGAAUUUACAAUAUAACCUGAUGAAAGAGGAAGAGAAUUCAAGUUUGCGAUUAAAAGCGAUAUUUAGACAAGGAGUUAUUUGUUGUAGUUUCUAAAAUACUAGUUAUGAGACAUGUAAAA